ACAAUUAUAAUAUCUUUGUUAAAUUAUAUUAAUAUUAAAAAAUCUGAUUAAACUGUUGUUAUAAUCCAGUAUCACUUUAAAAAACUGAUAGAUAAUUUAAGUCAACAAGAUUGGUUGGCCUUUGGUUCUCUCUCCUGAGAACUUAGGAGAGAACCAAACCAAUAAUAGUUACACUUUUGACAAGAAAAAAAAAAAGGAAGAAAGGUAAAGAAAGAAGCUUUGGUGAGAAAUGGGUGAAGGCGGAGAGGGGGCAACCUUGGAGUACACACCAACAUGGGUUAUAGCAGCAGUUUGCACGGUGAUUGUUGCCAUCUCUUUGGCCAUGGAGCGUUUGCUUCAUUAUCUUGGGACUGUUUUGAAGAAGAAACAACAGAAACCACUCUUUGAGGCUCUUUUGAAAGUCAAAGAAGAGUUGAUGCUGUUGGGGUUUAUAUCACUGUUGCUGACAGUAUUUCAGAGUGCAAUUUCUAAAAUCUGCAUGUCAAGGGAAGCAUUAACACACAUGCUUCCUUGUAAAAUUGAACACAACAGUGGUACUUCUACAACAUCAGAUUUUCAAAAGUAUUUUGCUUUCACCCUGUCAGGGGGAACCAGGCGCCUACUGGCUGAAGCAUCUACGUCUUCCCAGAUGGGAUACUGUAGUGAGAAGGGUAAGGUACCCUUGUUGUCUGUUGAAGCGCUACAUCAUCUGCAUAUUUUUAUCUUCGUCCUGGCCAUUGUCCAUGUGACAUUCUGUGUUCUCACAGUUUCUUUUGGAGGGCUAAAGAUACGUCAAUGGAAACAUUGGGAAGAUUCAAUUGCAAAAGAGAAUUAUGAUCCACAGCAAAUGUUGAAAAAAGUCACUCAUGUCCAUCAGCAUACUUUUAUCAAAGAGCAUUUUCUGGGUAUUGGUAAAGACUUUAUUUUGCUAGGGUGGUUGCAUUCAUUUUUUAAGCAAUUCUAUGCAUCUGUGACCAAAUCAGAUUACGUGACACUAAGGCUGGGUUUCAUCAUGAGACAUUGCAAAUCGAAUCCCAAGUUUAAUUUUCACAAAUACAUGAUACGAGCCUUAGAAGAUGAUUUUAAGCAUGUUGUUGGUAUAAGUUGGUAUCUCUGGGUAUUUGUGGUCAUCUUCUUGUUGCUGAAUGUUAAUGGCUGGCAUACAUAUUUCUGGAUAGCAUUCAUUCCUUUUAUUCUUCUACUUGCUGUGGGCACCAAGCUCGAGCAUGUGAUUACCCAGUUGGCUCACGAGGUUGCUGAGAAACAUGUAGCUAUUGAAGGGGAAUUAGUGGUUCAACCAUCAGAUGAACACUUUUGGUUCAACAAGCCUCGUAUUAUCCUCUUCUUGAUCCAUUUUAUCCUCUUCCAAAAUGCUUUUGAGAUUGCAUUUUUCUUUUGGAUAUGGGUUCAAUUUGGAUUUGAUUCCUGCAUAAUGGGUCAAAUUGGUUAUAUCAUUCCAAGACUUGUUAUAGGGGUUUUCGUUCAGGUACUAUGUAGUUAUAGCACAUUGCCACUUUAUGCCAUUGUCACACAGAUGGGAAGCUCAUUCAAGAAGGCAAUAUUUGACGAGCACAUACAAGCAGGCCUUGUUGGUUGGGCACAGAAGGCGAAGAAAAAGAAUGCCUUAAAAGCUGCUACUGAGGAUGCAGCUCCAGCAAGCACCGGGCAAUGCCCUUCUGUUGCAAUUCAGAUGGGGAGAGCUUUGCGCAAUGCAUCAGCUCCCGAGGAGAUUCGUCCUUCACAGGGUUCUGAUGGCUCAAGAUGAGCAGUGUUGAUGGGCAAGAGAGCUAUGCUUCUUGCUUCAUAGUGGAAAGUGCUGGUUUUAUAGAAUAACAGCAAGAUUGUAUUUUAUAUUCACAUGGGUGGUAUAUGUUCUGACAGAGUGUGUCCUGGGCAUCUAAUUUGGAUUUGAAAUGAAUGUCUCAGUACAGAAAGAUGAUGUCUAUUAAAAUGCUUAGUCAACAAGUUAAAGAAUGGGAAGAGUUUGUAACAUCCAUCUGCAGCAUUCAGUUGCUGUUAGUGCUGUCUGCUUAGUGUAUCUAAACAGCAGUUAUUCUGCAAUCUUAACCCAGAGUUUUGUUGCCAUGGAGUUUGAA